AUGACAUUGUGUUGUGAUCGGGAUGGAGUUUAUAGUAGCUCAGGAAUACAUCAAAGACAAACAAGUACUUGGUUAAUUGAUUGUCCAUUUGAAUUAUAUGCUGCUCGGCAUAAUAAUUUAUGGCAUAUAAAAGUCUGUGAUAGUAGUUAUAACCAUGACCUUUCAGAAGAUUUAUCAGAUCAUCCAAUGCCUUGUCGUACCCCAGUUGAAGCAUUAAUAGAUGAGCUUAGAGAAGAUGAUUAUAUAUAUAAAUACAAAUGUGAUGAUAUAAGUUAUAUUACUCACCUUUUCUUUACAUAUAAUGAAUUGGUCAUGCUCACUCGUCAAUAUUCUACUACAGAAGAAGAAUUUAAUAUGAAGUGGAAAGAUUUUCUUAAUACUUAUAUAAAUAAACUGUGCAUUAUUAGUUAUCUUGAAGAAAUUUGGAUGCCUUGGAAAAAGAAGUUUAUAAAAGCAUGGACCAAUAAAUUUCUUCAUUUAGAAACAACUGUUACUUCUAGGGUUAAAGAUGCCCAUGCAACAUUAAAAACAUACUUACAUACAUCAGCGGGUGAUCUUCAUAUCAUUCAUGAACAGUAUCGAAGAUUAAAAUGUGUUACUAUAGAAGAUCCCUUACUACCAUGCACGAAGUCAUUCUCAAGCACAAUGGGAUUACCUUGUGCUCAUAAAAUCCAACUUCUUGAAAAUAAUCAAGGUUUAAUACUUUUAGAUUUUCAUGAGCAUUGGUGGAUUCAG